CAUAAAUCUAGUCAACUAAUACUGCUAAGGGACCUAAAGGACUUUGUUUGAGAUCGUGACAAUGUCAUCUGUGUGCGACUCAGGCAAAGAAGAGUUUAACGGUGACCAUGCAGACUCGGCUCAUACUUUGAAAUGCAGUGAGGAUAAGGAACAUCCGCGACUCCUGAUCCCGGAACUCUGCAGACUGUUCUAUCAACUUGGCUGGGUGACAGGAACAGGGGGAGGAAUUAGCCUUCGGCAUGGUGAUCACAUCUAUAUUGCACCCUCAGGAGUACAGAAGGAGAGAAUACAGCCCGAGGACAUGUUUGUGUGUGAUAUAGAGGAGAGGGACAUUAGCUGUCCACCCCCAUAUAAGAAACUGAAGAAAAGUCAGUGUACUCCGCUGUUCAUGAACGCCUACACCAUGAGAGGGGCUCAGGCAGUCAUCCAUACGCACUCAAAGGCAGCUGUGAUGGCAACGCUCCUAUUUCCCGGCAAAGAAUUUCGCAUCACCCACCAAGAGAUGAUUAAAGGCAUCCGUAAGGGAAACACAGGCACAAACUACAGAUAUGACGACAUGCUUGUGGUUCCCAUCAUUGAGAACACCCCAGAGGAGAAGGACCUGAAGGAACGCAUGGCUCGAGCCAUGGAGCAGUAUCCAGAAUCCUGUGCGGUCCUCGUCCGUCGUCAUGGCGUUUAUGUGUGGGGCGAUUCAUGGGAAAAGGCGAAAACAAUGUGUGAGUGUUAUGAUUACCUGUUUGACAUAGCCGUUCAGAUGAAAACUGUUGGCCUGGAUCCAUCCGCACUACCGACAGAGCAGAAGGGAAUUCUCUGACAUUAAACAGCACUCUCAUUGUGAGUGGCUUUUGAGAAACACUUUAAGAUCAAUCUGCAGAGCUUUCGUCCCUACUUUGAGCGUCCAGAAUCCUGCUGUUCUUUGAAAUGAAGUGUUUUGCAAGUCUGAGUCAAACAAGCUACCAGAUUUAAGAUUGCUUAAAUAAGAAGAACAGAAGAUCAAAGUCAGUGUUUUCUUUUUCUAAUCCGCUGAACAUGUUACCUUUUCGAAAGUGUUUUAUCUUUUUUUUUAUCUUGAAGUUUCUCUCAUAGUUCCACAGGUCUUUGAAACAUUAAACUUAAAUAUCAACAGCAAUGAUUUUCUUAUAAGAGAACAAGGCUUAUACAAAGUUUUCUGAUUCCAGUUUUGAAUGACAAGGCAGAUUUUAUUAUUGUCCCCUGACCAUGCAUUGUAAUGCAGCACUUCCUCAAAGCAGAGAGAAUGGAAAUGUAUGACAGUGAGUCCAGUGCAGAACAGUAGAAGUGAGUUGUUUAGGGAAACUUUCAAUAUUUAAAUAAGGUGAUCUGAGGUAAAGACACUGAGCACAGAACACACACACACACACACAAAGAGCCAACAAAUAGUAGAUAAGGGAAGGAGGACAGCUUUGAGGUCAAAAGAAAUUAUACUAAAAAUAAAAAUAAAUGUUUUUUCUCUGUUCUGAUGUUGUCAGUAAAGGAAUUCUGUUUUAGAACAGGUGUAAUGCUUUUCCUUUACUGUGUAUGAAUCUCCUGCUACACCUCCGUACCACAGACAGCACUGCCUAACUGUUUUUCUUUCCUGUUACACUUCAAAAUGGGACGUUAUUUUUCAUUUAGAAACUUCCUUGAAAGACAAUCUUGCUAUUUCCUCCAGGUGUGUUUAAUUUGUUUUGGCUUUCCAAGUAACUUACUGUGCCAGUCUCUCAAAUAUUGCAGAGCAUAAGCAGGUUAUGUUUAAUUAUGGGCUAAUCAGAUCAUGACUGACCGAAAAGUCCACUUUAUGGAACCCACCCUGAUUAAGAGUUUCGUUAAUCACUGCCCGUUAUAUUCAUCAGCCUUCGCGGAGUUAAUACAGAUAUGGAGGAGCACAUACUGACUUAUACAGUAUUUACUGUGGCAUGCAAUCUGUGCUUUAAAUUCUGCAUAUUUAUCAAAUGUAUAAUUUUCAGGAAAGUGAAUUGUCUUUUACAUAUGAGAUGGAAUAUGGACAUGGUAUAUAAUUUUUUUUGUAGUUGUAACCAACAUGACCUCUAGGGGCAGUAGAGCACUACUUUGGUCCAUUGUUGUAAUAUCCAUCAUUGUAAUAUUAUCUACCUUACAUCAAUUUGACUUUACUGGAGCCAUCUCAUAAAACAUUUAGCAAAACUCCAUUUAAACUCUUCAUAAUAUUCAUCUUAAUUUUAAAAGAUUUGUCAAAAGUGAAGUUUGAAAUUUCAGCCACAGAGGGGCAGUGUUGCACCACAACUCAUUGUAUGGUAACAUUUCCCUUUCAAAUACUGAAC